AUGCCGGAAAUGUUGAUCAACGCUGUUCAAAAACGUCCUGCAUUGUGGGACAAAAGAUGUAAAAACUACCAUAGCCGCUUGAUAUCGAACCGUGAAUGGGAGGAAGUUGGCAAAAUAAUUGGUACUACAAAAAAAUGGAAAAAUUUAAGGGACACAUACGCAAAAGAAUGAAAACAAAUUUCAAAGCCUCGUUCGGGAGUUGACGACGACAAUAAACCGGUGUAUACAGGCACCUGGUCAUAUUUUGAGUCCAUGUAA